CCAAUCAAUCCCCGAAUCAUGAAAACAUUUUUGAUCGUAUUAUUAAUUUGCUGUAUAACUAAACUAUCUAAUAAACGUGUAAAUGGGAAUACUGCCCUCUUAAAAACAUCUCGUUUGAAAGAGUUUUCAGGAAAUUAAAGUGUCAAGCGAAUAAAGUAAUCUAUUGGCCAACGGUAAUUAAGCAACUCUGUUUUUUAAGGCAACAUUAAUUAAAAUUCGACGCCAUAACUCAUCCUCUUUAAAGGCUACGCCUGCGUAGCGAUUCAGUCAGAAAAAGUCGAACGAGAAAUCAGCCAUAGAUCAGUGGAUCGUGAUGUUUGGGGGCGUUGAAUGAUUUGAUGGAUUAAGUAAUUAAGCGAUUUCUCGCCGACUGAGCGCACCAUUGGGAUAUAUACAUACUUUUCAAUAUCCAAAUAUUUGUUCCACUUAUUUCCGAUUUUCUUUUUUUAUUUUGUUUUGCGGUUUUGGCCUAUUGUGAGCCAAAUGAAAUUGUUUAAGUAUUUCUUGCGUGCUUUGUUAUUGUUGCUGCCGAAUGGCCUGGCCUUGUAUCGCUGCGAGUAUCCCAAAGAUAGUUGGAUCUGUGACGUAGGGGAUGUCAGGCAGAGACGGAGAUACUGGGCAAAAAAGAGAGGGGAAUAAAUGGAGAGCGAGUGAUUGCUUGGCAAUCCAAAGAUAUUAUAAUAAGAAGAUGCGUAACGGCCAUAAAUUACACUAUACAAAAAUUCUAAAGAGCCUGGAACAAGCUCUUGUGCUGGCCCUAAAUAAUCGUGUGCAAAAAUAUCUUAUGGCGUUACGCAUCUUGUUAUUCUAGUGUCUUUGGGCGAUCGAUGGGCUCAAAUAUGAGCUGAGGCGCUAGAAACAACUUUAUUUGGGGGAAAGUAAUGUACGUGGUAUAAUUAAAUGCAUUAGCCUGAAAAGACUUUCCCACCAUCAGUCGGAGGACUUUGUAUGUGUAAACCUCUCAUAACUUUAAUUUAAGAACAAACACUGGCACUUGUUUGUUGUGUUUGAAGUAACAUCGGAACGUUUUCCUAACAGAAGGACCUUUAUAUAAUCAGGGACCUUUAUAUAUCUCAAAUACAUACCAACAUUCUGAAACGCUAGGGAAAGAAACUUAAUGAAACUAUAAACAUUACUAUCGAAACGAUAGAAGGCGAUGAAAUCAAUGCAAAGGGCUUCAUCGAACCAGUUUCUAUUUUGAGACGACUUCGAAAAUAAGUGUUCUUUCAAGUGUUCUUGUGUUUUAAGCAUUUAUCAGAAAGAUGAACAAUAAGAUCAUUUUCAAGAAAUUACGCAAUCGUAUGGUUCCAUACUCCCCACCGGCGAGUCUAAAUCCCAGGAAUAACCUGGAUCGCGUUCGGAAUGCGCCAGCACCACAACGUAACAACUCUGUUCAGGUUGAGGCUACUCUUGGAGAAAUAGCUCCGACUAUGGCUGAAGUUACCGUUGAUGGUGAGUAUACGGCUGAGGCUGAGGUUCAAGUUACAGCAGAGGCUGACCCUAAUACGGAGUUUGGAGUUAUGGGCGAGGCUUACCCUCAGUCAGAGUUUGGAGUUUUGGCCGGGACUGACCCCAAUAUAGAGGUUGAAGUUAUGGACGAGGUUGACCCUCUGGCACAUGUUGAAGUUUUGGCCGAGGCUGACCCUAAGGAAGAGAUUGAAGUGUUGCCCGAGGCUGACCCUGAGAUUGAUUUUGAAGUUAUGGACAAAGCUGAUCCUACGGCUGAGGCUGAGAUUGAAGUUAUGGAGGAGGCUGACCCUAAGACUAAUACUGAGGAUGAUGAUAUGGCUGAGGUUGACAUUGACCCUAUGACCGAGGUUGAAAUGAUGGCUGAUGCUGACCCUAAGGCUGAGGCUGAAGUUUUGGCUAGGGCUGACUGUAAGGCAGAGGUUAAAGUUUUUCCCGAGGUUGAGAUUGAAGUUCUUGCCGAGGCUGACCCUGAGAUGGAUGUUGAAGUUAUGGCCGGAGCUGACCCUACGGCUGUGGCUGAGAUUGAAGUUAUGGAGGAGGCUAAGCUUAAUACUUAUACUGAGGAUGAUGAUAUAUCUGAGGCUGACCCCGAAAAAGAGGGAGGGAUAGAUAGAGAGGGAGUGAUUGAUCAGCAAUCCAAAAAUAUAAUAAGUAAAUGCAUAACGGACAUGAAUUGCACUAUAGUCUGAAAACCUUAUUGUGGCGAAAAUAAAUAUCUUCAAGGUGGAGACAAAUAUUUAUUUUGUGUUUUUGUAUUGGGUUACACAAGUUCAUAUCUUUAAUAUUACCAAAAAUUGUGGGCGUUGCAUAUAUAUAUAUAUAUAUAUAUACAUAUAUAUAUAUAUAUAUAUAUAUAUAUAUAUAUUCAUGAUCAGGAUUAAUAGCCGAGUGGAUUUAGCCAUGUCCGUCUGUCCGUAUGAACGUCGAGAUCUCAGGAACAAUAUAAAUGCUAGAAGGUUGAGAUUCAGCAUUCAGAUUCUGGAGAAAAUGACGAAGCGCAAGUUUGUUGACCCAUGUUGCCACGCACACUCGAACGCCCACAAACCGCCCAAAACUGCCACACCCACCCUUUUGGAAAACGUGUUUAUAUUUUUUCACAUUUUUUAGUCUUGUAAAUUUCUAUCGAUUUGCAAAUAAUUGUUUUAGACGCACACUCCACGACCAAAUUUUUUUUUCAUUUUAUUCCCCAAUAUCUAUCGAUAUCCCAGAGAAAUAAUGAAAUUUCGGCUUCGCAUUCACUAGCUGAGUAACGGGUAUCUGAUAGUCGAGGAAACUCGACUAUAGCAUUAUCUCUUUUUUAGUUGGUAACUCCGGAAAGGAGUAAGAUAUAUACAUUAUGUUUUUGUUGCAUUGACUUACAGUAGACCAUAUCUAUGAGAAUCCCAAAAAUUUCGGUCAUGGCUUCGGCCCUUUAAUUUUAAAAUUUAAUUAGCUAAUUUUCGUAUAGGGAUUUCUCAAAUUUCGUAUACUCUUUGUAGUCCAAGCAAAAAUCAACUGAUUUCGUGAUAGUGAUUCCAUAUUGAAUAAUUUUACAAAUAAUAACCACAAAAAUAAUACAACAAUAAUGAAACAAUUCAGCAACAUCCUGGUUUAACUCCCUUUCAGCUGAGAUUACUCCGAAUUUGAAAAGGUAGGGUUAGGUCCUAAAAACUAAAAUUUCUCCCUAAUUAAAUUUCCUAGAACGCAGUAUAGAUACAAGUAUUAUGGUGAAACUAUGCGAAACUCAGGUUAAAUCUUAACUGUUGUUUGAACACCUAAAAGAGCUAUUUACAACACUAAAUUACCGGGACAAACUCAAGAAAUUCAACAGUUCACAAUCACAAACACAUAGUACAAAACAGCCCCCUUCAAUCUUAUUAUAACCUGUUUAAUACGAACUUUUCUUUGUUCCUUUUUUAUUAACUUAAAACCGAUUGUGUUGUUUGCUAGCAAGCGCACGUAAGCACGACGCUCCAAAAAGCUGUUUUAAACAGCUGAUAUAUAUAUACGGGAUUAUUAAUAUUUCUGUUACGUAACACUAAAGUAUAAUCUUAUACUAACAUAUGACGUCAGCAAUACGUAGUAUUACGGACUUUUGGAAAAUGGGUUGUUGGCAUUGGUUUUGCACUAUGCAGCCACUUUUUGGUGACGGCCAAAAUUGCCUUCUCUCUGCUCGCGUAAAAGUGAGAGCGUUCAAAAUCUAAAAAUGGAAUUUGCUUGCUUGUGUGAGUAAAAACAAUAAUCGUGAACGAGUAUAUGCGCGCGUAGAAAAUGAUUUUCGGGGCAGAAAUCAAUUUUGAUCUAAGAAUCGAAUUUACAUAUUUGGAGUUUUAGCCAAUUUCGUUAUUUGAUUUCUUGAUGCACGACGUGCAGUCAUAAUCACCUACGAAUCGAAGUCUACUAGACAAUGUCUACUCUAAUUUUUCACACGUCGCAAGCUGAAUA